ACCGGUCGGGGCAGCAGUGUGCCGAUUCCCAAGUUCCAGCAUCCCUCGUACGCUCUUUUGGAGGAGAACGGAUUCAAGCAGAUCUUGUAUAGGAAGUGGUUUAAGCGCUGCAUUGAAGAACGUUCCGUGAAAGGCGUUGGCCAGAGCGAGGAGAUGAAUACGCUGUUCCGCUUUUGGUGCUACUUCCUGCGCGAUAACUUCAACGAGAAGAUGUACAUCGACUUCCGCAAGUAUGCGGAGGAAGAUGCUGCUGCAAAUUACCAUUAUGGAAUGGAGUGUCUCUUCCGCUUUUAUAGCUAUGGCUUGGAGAAGACUUUCCGCGCGGACCUUUACAAGGAUUUUGAGGAAAUGACGAUCAAGGACUUCGACGCGUACGAUAGCUUGUACGGUCUGGAGAAGUUCUGGGCGUUCCACUACUACGCG